GCAGGUAACCAUACCUGUAGAGGUAAAUCGUUGGAGUCGCCACGUAGGAAUUUAUUUUAAAAGGAUUAACCAAAUUGACAUAGAAUACCUGACAAUGCAUUCACAUCGCAGCGCGCAGGAUGUGUUACGGUGUCGUCUUUGUGAGACCCCGGGACCCCCUAUGUACUGUGACAUUUGUCGCAUGCAUCUGUGUAAAGCCUGUGUGGGGGAACAUCUCUCUGAUGAAUCAACAGAACACAAAGUUGUGUUAUUCAUGGCCAAGCGUUGGGCCCAGGAUGUGUUACGGUGUCGUCUCUGUGAGACCCCGGGCCCCCCUAUGUACUGUGACAUUUGUCACAUACAUCUGUGUAAAGCCUGUGUGGGGGAACAUCUCUCAGAUCAAUCCAAAGAACACAAAGUGCUGCCAUUUGAACAGCGGGGAUCUUCUCUUAAUUACCCUAAUUGUCAUAAGCAUUCUGCAAUACAAUGUGGACUUCACUGUGAACAAUGUGACAUUCCUAUAUGUUCACUCUGUGUUUCAGGAGAACAUUCAGGGCACAAAGCAGUUGAAACUGUUAAACAUUUUGAAAGCAAAAAAGAACUUUUAGAGAAAGUAAUGCAAGAAUUACAGAUAUCAAUUUAUCCUAAAUACCAAGAGGUAGCAUCUACCAUUCCAAUUCAUAAAGCAAAUAUAAACAAAAACUCCUGGAAAUUAAUCACAGCUAUCGACAAACAUGGAGAAGCCUUGCACAGAGAAGUAGACACCGUUAUACAGAAACUGAAAUCUGAUCUCAAUGAAAUGGACACCAAACACCUGGCAGUCCUAAAUAAAAAGGAAAAUGAAAUUACAGGCACCAUUGAUGAAAUCACACAGAUCAUUGCUGAUCUGAAGAAGUUACUGCACUCCAAUGAUGUCAGUCUUGUCUCUGCCUACAAAUCAAGGAAUGCUGAAUUCAGAAGAUUGCCUCCUAAACUCACAGUUUCCUUACCAAGUUUUACCCCUCAAACGAUUAACAAAGAACAGCUUUAUCAACAGUUUGGUUCUCUGUCAGCGUUAUCCAUUAAAACGGAAGCUCAAGUUUACAUCAUGGAUUUUCUGGGUAUUAUGUCCUCUGCCACAGACAAUCUGCUAAUUGAUGCACCUCGCAUCCUUACAGAUAUAAACAUUGAGUAUGAUAGAAAGUCUACUACUAGUAGAUUAUGCAAUGUGUUCUGUCUAAGUGAUGAAGAGGUAUGGACACGUGGCCAAGACUAUAACAUAAACCUCUACAACCUACAGGGAGAACUAGUGAAGUCAGUUCAAACCAAGUCAGGGAACACACCACGAGACAUAGCAGUGACAAGGAGUGGGGAUCUAGUUUAUACUGAUAGCAGAGAUAGAUCUGUGAACAUAGUGAAGAAUACACAGAUAGAGACAGUGAUCAAUCUACGGGGAUGGACACCUCUUAAUGUCUGUAGUACUUCCUCUGGUGACCUCCUGGUUGUCGUGAACAGUGAUGAUGAUAAACAAACAAAAGUUGUGCGUUACUCUGGCUCCACAGAGAAGCAAAGUAUUCAGUACGACGACAAAGGACAACCUCUCUAUUCAUCUGGCGGUUACACAAAAUACAUCAGUGAGAAUAGGAACCUAGAUAUCUGUGUGUCAGACAAUGAAGCCCGUGCAGUAGUGGUGGUCAAUCAGGCCGGGAAACUCCGGUUUACCUACACUGGCCAUCCCCCUACUUCCAAGGAGUUUAAUCCUUAUGGUAUCACAACAGACAGUCAGUGUCGGAUCCUGACAACUGACUGCAAGAACCAUCGAAUCCACAUCCUGAAUCAGGACGGACAGUUCCUCCGCUACAUUGACAACUGUCAUUUACAGAAUCCAUGGGGUCUAUGUGUGGACACUAGAGACAACCUCUUUGUGGCUGAAUACAUCAGGGGUAAAGUGAAGAGAAUUCAGUAUUCUAUGUAAGCAAACAAAGUGUAUGUGUUGCAAGUAAACGAAGUGCAUGUAUAUAUAACAAAUAAACAGCAUACAUGUAUGAAUUACACGUAAACAACAUUUACAAGCAUUGAUGUAUUCAUGUAGAUAUAUGAUAUGUACAAACAAAUGAAUAAACUGUGUUUACAAGUUAGAUUCGAAUUGUGGAAUUAAUUUAACUUACUAACUAAAAAAUCACGCAAUGCAUUGGAAUUUAUUACAAUUCAAUUCUUGUAAAUAAAUUCUUUGAUAUUUUUAUGUGAUUAAGAAUUAAUAUGAUUACACGAUUCUUACUUAUAUUUAAUAU